AUGACAAGUUCUAAGAGAACAAGGAGAGCUGAGAGAGCAUAUUUGUGUUUCCAUUGCUCGUCAUACCAAAAAGGUGUUGGGAGCAUUAGAGAGCAAAGCAACAAAAACAUCAUUAUUGCAUCAUAUAAGCGUUCUGGUGUUGUUGGAGUCAAUAUUGACAAGAUUAAAAGAAGGUUCGUUUCUAUAAAAGAGGCUUCCAGAUUGUUACUGGAAGCCAAUGGUGUUUAUACCAGAGAACACUUGGAAUUGUUUGUUCUUCCGCCUAGACCAACAUAUUUGGUCAAAUCCGAAGAGGAAAGUUUGCCUUGGAAUAUCCAAUAA